AUCACCUUUGCCUCUGGCAUCACAUUAGCUGUUCAACAUGGUCGCUGUAAAGAUCUUGCUGAGGGUUUCCCUCUUCUGCUUGCUGCUUGUGGAUGUUUAUGGCUCUCCAGUGAAAGGCUCAACAUCUCAAGGCCAAGGCAGACCUAGUGACUCUGGAGGAGAUCAUGUCUACCAUGCUACUGGCUACUCUGCACCUGGCUCCUAUAGCUCAUCUGGAGGCGUUUCUAAGCCAGUGGCAAAACAUCUAGCUCAACCCCAGUAUGUUCUGGCACAGCCUGUGCCCGUAGGCCGGCCCUUGUCUGUGCCCAGAGGAAGAUAUACUGCAAGCGGUGGCUCUCUAGUCCCUCUUCAAGGAGGCUUUGUUGGCUCAUACAUGCCAAUUCUGGCAGGUUCUAGUCCCCUGGUUCCUCUUCCAGCAGUGUAUGCUAGCAGUCUUCCACAACCUGGAACUCAUGCUAACUUCCCUAAGAUGCAGUGGGUUAUUGCCCCUCAAGCCUUUGAGGAAACCACAACAAACACCCAGCCUCAAGGCUUGAGCAUUGUUGGGCCACCACUCCCUCCAGCACCUUCUGCACUGGCCCUUCAGUCUGGAGACAUGUCUAAAGUUGUGAAGGAGGCUGAGAUUGGGAACUACCAGCAGCAGAUGGAAGCGUUUGGUUACCCAUCUGACCGUGUGGGGCCUGGUCUGGGUCUUCCACCUGUUGCUCUGCCAGCUUCUGGUGUGGGUGGCUUGUUGGGCUUCCCUUCUCCCUACACUCUUCCUUACCCCUUCCCCUACCGUGAUUUAUACUACAGGCGCCUGUAUGGACUGUACCCUCUUGGCACCUACACUACCUUCAACAAAAACCAUGAGAAGGGCAAAGACUACUACCAGACCAUCCACUAUCUGAAAGAACAUGGCUCUGAUGUGCCACAGAACCCUGGCUCUCAGCAGCAGCAGAGCCUUAAGAUGCCCCUUUAAGUCUUUGUGUUAAAUAUGAUAAAGGUGGGUUAACAGUUGUAACAUACUAAUGUAUCUUGCCAUUGGUUUAACUUUUCUCUUGUAGAUGGAGUCUUAAGGUUCUACCAUGUCUUUUAAUAAACUUUUCCUCCAA